ACAAGCCGAGCCGAGCCGAGCCGUGCAGAGGCUGCAGUUCAACACAGAGCGUAGCCUUUUAGCUGAUGAUGGGAGCCCAGCCGGGGAAGACGUUCGCUGCCACGGUAAACCACCGAGGCGGAUAAAGGACGCAGAGCUGCGGCCGUUACGGGGGGGGGGGGCGGAGGCCGACCCGUUGUGGGUGUCACGCCGCGUGCGUGCAGGUAAACGGCCGCGGGCAGCCCGGCGCGCCGCUCGGCAGGAAGGUAGCUUAGCACCAGACGCUAACGUGACUAACCGGCCGGGCGGGUUGGGGUCGGAUGAACUGUUGCCAGACCCAAACCCCCCAGCGUGAAUAUUUUAUAUCGGGCGAACAUUAAACCGACCGCAAAUCGUCUUUUUAUUAUUAUUUUGAUUUGGUUUUGCCCUCAAGGAUAUUGUCGCGGCUGCCGGUGGCGCCAGCUUGAUUGACAGCCCGUCACAAGGGGUUCUCCAGAUGUGACAGUGACGCUCAGGCCAUUAAUAAGUCAGCCGGCCGCAGGACCCGCUGCCGACCACGAAUGGCUGCCUCUCUGGAAGUCCCGGGCGGACUCUUGACUCCACCGAACCGCGUCAUCACGCGAGGAAUGUCCUUCUGGCAGCGAGGCGUCACCGAAGCGGACACGUUGCUAGCCCGCUAACCGACCGACGUGACACCCAGAGGGUUGACCCGCACCGCCGCCGUCGCCGCCGCCGCCACGCGUGCCGUUGUUGUGGUUGCUAUUAGGAUUAUUUCACAGUUAAGUCAUGAAGAGGACGGAGAGCAAGAACAAGCGGAAGCUCCUGGAGCACCAGGAUAGCGGCGCAGCGGCGAAAGAUGCGAAGGAGUUUGCUGUUCCAGCGCCCCUCCUCUUCAGGAAGAUGAGCAACCCCGACCUGUCGCCCGCGGCAACCGCUGCUACCAAGUCUAAACUGCACCGACAGCUGAGCCAGGACGAAAGCUGGGCCAGACGCAGCAGCAUGGGCAUGACCGGUAAGCAGCUGCUGCCUCAGUCCAGCAGUCUGCACGCCGGCGUGAGCCAGCUGGCCUGGCAGGGGCCAUCUGCAGCACCCGGGGCCACGGGCGGGAUGUCCAUGGGAGGCGAGGGGAACAACCUGGUCCGCAUGAGGAGCCAAAGCUUGGGGCAGUCUGCGCCGUCUCUCACCGGCCCGAAGGAGCUGAGCCUUCCCAGAAGAGGCAGUUUAAUCUGGUCGCCGACUCAGCUGCGUUGCCACGGCAACAGCAGCCUCCUCCAGCACCUGCUGUCCCCCACUUCCUUUCAUCCCUCAGUCGCUCAGCCCCCCGUCGUCACCCUCUGCCCCUUGUCCUCCUCCUCCUCCUCCUCUCCCUCCCUCUGUUGGUCUGACGGCCCUCUGUCGGCCCCUGUCCACCAGCGAGGAAACCCCUUCCUCUGGAGCUGUCGGACGAGCAACAGGAAGAGCCUGAUUGUGACGUCUAGCACCUCUCCCACACUGCCUCGACCACACUCACCACUUCACGGACACACAGGUACCAGCCCACUGGACAGCCCUCGCAACUUCUCCCCCAGCACAGCUGCACACUUCUCCUUUGUUCCUGCGCGCAGUCACGGACACAGGGCUGACAGGACGGAUGGCAGGCGCUGGUCUCUGGCCUCGUUGCCUUCUUCAGGCUAUGGCACCAACACUCCCAGCUCCACUGUCUCGUCCUCCUGUUCAUCUCAGGAGAAGCUGCACCAGCUGCCCUUCCAGCCCACGCCGGACGAGCUGCACUUCCUCACCAAACACUUCAGCUCCGAGAGCAUCACGGACGAGGAGGGACGCCGCUCCCCCGCCAUGAGGCCGCGCUCCCGCAGCCUAAGCCCCGGGCGCUCGCCUAUCUCCUUUGACCAUGAGAUCGUGAUGAUGAACCAUGUGUACAAGGAGAGGUUCCCCAAGGCGACAGCCCAAAUGGAGGAGCGUCUGGCUGAGCUGCUUUGCUCCUCGGCCCCGGACAAGGUGUGCCCGCUGGCCGACGGGGUCCUGAGCUUCAUCCACCACCAGCUGACGGAGCUGUCCAGAGACUGCCUGCUGAAAAGCAGAGAGGGCCUCAUCACCUCCCGCUACUUCUACGAGCUCCAGGAGAACCUGGAGAAGCUGCUGCAGGACGCUCACGAGCGCUCCGAGAGUGUGGAGGUCACCUUCGUCACUCAACUCGUCAGGAAGCUGAUGAUCAUCAUCGCCCGGCCAGCGCGUCUGCUGGAGUGUCUGGAGUUUGAUCCUGAGGAGUUCUACCAUUUGUUGGAAGCAGCAGAGGGCCAUGCCAAGGAGGGCCAGGGCAUCAAGUGCGACAUCCCCCGAUACAUCAUCAGCCAGCUGGGCCUCACCAGGGAUCCCCUGGAGGAAAUGGCCCAGCUGAGCAGCUAUGACAGUGGGAACCCAGAGACCCCAGAGACAGACGAUUCAGUAGACGGCCAAGGCACGCCGGUCCCAGCAGCUCCUCCACAGUCCAGAACCAAAGCACCUCGAGAGGAAGACUUUGAAAACAUCAAGCUCAUCAGCAACGGAGCCUAUGGCACCGUGUUUCUGGUGCGUCACAAGGAGACCCGGCAGCGUUUCGCCAUGAAGAAGAUCAACAAGCAGAACCUGAUCCUGAGGAACCAGAUCCAGCAGGCCUUUGUGGAACGGGACAUCCUGACGUUUGCCGAGAACCCGUUUGUCGUCUCCAUGUUCUGUUCCUUCGAGACCAGGAGGCACCUGUGCAUGGUGAUGGAGUACGUGGAGGGGGGAGACUGUGCCACGCUGCUGAAGAAUAUUGGAGCUUUGCCGGUGGACAUGGCCCGUAUGUACUUUGCAGAGACCGUCCUCGCGCUAGAGUAUCUUCACAAUUAUGGCAUCGUCCACAGAGACCUCAAACCUGACAAUCUUCUCAUAACCUCCAUGGGACAUAUUAAGCUGACAGACUUUGGUCUCUCAAAGAUUGGUUUGAUGAGCUUGACCACAAACCUGUAUGAAGGACACAUAGAGAAAGACACCAGAGAGUUCCUCGAUAAACAGGUGUGUGGCACCCCAGAGUACAUCGCCCCUGAGGUGAUUCUGCGUCAGGGCUACGGGAAGCCGGUGGACUGGUGGGCCAUGGGGGUCAUUCUCUACGAGUUCCUGGUGGGCUGUGCUCCUUUCUUCGGAGACACACCGGAGGAGCUGUUCGGUCAGGUCAUCAGUGAUGAGAUCAUCUGGCCAGAGGAGGAAGAAGCUCUUCCUCAGGAAGCUCAGGACCUCAUCUGUAAACUGCUGAGACAAAAUCCUUUGGAGAGACUUGGCACAGGGAGUGCCUUUGAGGUGAAGCAACACUCGUUCUUCACAGACCUGGACUGGAACAGCCUGCUGAGGCAGAAAGCCGAGUUCAUUCCGCAGCUGGAGUCUGAGGACGACACCAGCUACUUUGACACUCGUUCCGACCGGUACCAUCAUCUAGAUUCAGAGGAAGAGGACGAUACCAACGAUGACGAACAUGUGGAGAUUCGACAGUUCUCCUCCUGCUCCCCUCGUUUCAGCAAGGUGUACAGCAGCAUGGAGCGUCUGUCUCUGCACGAGGAGAAGAGGACUCCUCCUCCCACCAAACGCAGCCUCAGUGAGGAAGGAGGAGAUCGCAUCGACAGCCUGUGCGGACUCAAGUCCAGAGAUCGAUCCUGGCUGGUGGGAUCUCCAGAGAUCCUGCGGAAGCGUCUGUCCGUCUCGGAGUCGUCCCACACAGAGAGCGACUCCAGCCCCCCUUUGACCGUUCGGAGGCGCUGCUGUUCAGCCAUCAUUGAGAUGCCCCGCUUCGCCAUCUCCUCAGAGGAAGAGGGAGGUCAAGGUGUAGCUGGAAGCCGUAAGAGUCCCAGCCUGGGUCCCAGUGCAGUGAGGGGCCCGCGAUCUGACGAGCUCCCCCUCGCCAUCCCGGAGCUCCCGCUGGAGAGAGAACUGAAGCUGGACGAGUCUCCCACCACACAGAGCUCCACCUGCAGUCAACUGAGCAGGGCCCCGCUCACAUCGAGUACUUCAGUCGACGCGAGUGACCGUGGUCUCCGACUUAACGGCAGCGGCAGCGCGGCUGCUAAAAGUGCCUCCGACAACGACUCUCCGUCCACCCCGAGGGCCAUCAGCGACCUGGCGGCUCGCAGGGCUCGCCAUCGGCUGCUGUCUGGGGAUGUGGACAAACACACAGCGCCGCCGAGCUCCAGGCCGCUCAACAAGGUCAUCAAGUCGGCAUCUGCCACCACGCUGUCACUGAUGAUCCCUGCAGACCACCACGGAGCCUCGCCAUUGGCCAGCCCGAUGUCGCCCCACUCACUGUCGUCCAACCCGUCAUCGAGGGACUCCUCCCCGAGCCGCGACCUCUCCCCUGCCGUGAACAGCGUCAAGCCCCCUAUGGUGAUCCACAGAGCGGGCAAGAAGUACGGCUUCACCCUGAGGGCCAUCCGAGUGUACAUGGGAGACUCCGACAUCUACACUGUACAUCACAUGGUCUGGCAUGUGGAGGAUGGCGGUCCUGCCCAAGAUGCAGGUCUGAGGGAGGGGGACCUGAUCACCCAAGUUAAUGGAGAGCCGGUUCACGGCCUGGUUCACACAGAGGUAGUCGAGCUGAUACUGAAGAGUGGUGCCAAAGUCUCCAUCUCAGCCACCCCAUUUGAGAACACAACCAUCAAGGUCGGCCCCGCCCGAAAGACAACCAACAAAUCCAAGAUGGCGAGAAGAAACAAGAAGACCAAGACCAAGGAGGGACAGGAAAGUAAGAAGAGGACAUCUCUGUUCAGGAAGAUCACCAAGCAGGCGUCUCUCCUCCACACCAGUCGCAGUCUGUCCUCCCUGAACCGCUCCCUCUCCUCUGGGGAGAGCGGCCCCGGCUCACCGACUCACAAUCUGUCCCCACGGAGCCCGACGCAGGGCUACAGGUCCACGCCAGACUCCGCCCACUCAGUUGGUGGAAACUCAUCUCAGAGCAGCUCCCCCAGCUCCAGCGUCCCAAACUCCCCGGCGAGCUCCGGCCACAUCCGGCCCAGCUCCCUGCACGGCCUCGCCCCGAAGCUCCAGCGCCAGUACCGCUCCCCCCGCCGCAAGUCUGCCGGGAACAUCCCCCUCUCCCCCCUGGCCCGAACACCUUCGCCCACCCCUCAGAGCUCCUCGCCGCAGCGCUCGCCCUCCCCUCUGCCCGGCCACGCUCUGGCGCAGUCUGCCGUGGGCCAGUCCUUCCCUGUGAAGCUGCACUCCUCCCCCCCCCUGGUGAGGCAGAUAUCCAGGCCCAAGAGCGCAGAACCCCCGCGCUCUCCGCUCCUCAAGCGGGUGCAGUCUGCUGAGAAACUGGCCUCCUCACUCUCCAACCCCCCCUCGUCUCCCUCUGGGGGGGCGGCGGGGGGAGCCACCCCGGGGAGCCGGAAGCACAGUCUGGACAUCUCUCACUCGGAGUUUAAGAAGGAGAUUCUGCAGAGAGAGCCGAGCCUACAGAGCCUUCAGGAGUCAGCCAGCGAGGGUCUGCUGUCCUCAGCGGGACGCAGCGCGGGGACGGGCGGCCUGCAGAAACACUCCUCCUCAUCCAGGAAGUUAGGACGCCAGGAAGGGGACGGCGGCCUCAGCGCCGUGUCUGGCUCGCUGGGCCUGGCCCCCGGGAAGAGCAAGCUGAAGGACAAACUGUCCGCCAUCAGGCAGGACAGGGCCGAGCGCAGGGAGUCGCUCCAGAAGCAGGACGCCAUCCACGAGGUCGAUUCGUCUGAGGACGAGACGGACGAGGGCUCAGAGGACAGCCAGGACGGACGCAGGGGGGCGACCUUCACUCCUCCGCCCCUGCUCAGGCCCACCACUGUGAGAACGGGCCCCGGAGGCACCCUGCCCUCCCUCUGCCUCUCCCCCUCCGUCCCUCAUGCCACCUUCACCCACACGGGGCCCAGCCAGUUAGGCAGGCCCACUCCCACACACACCCUCCCCUCCCUUGCAGAAACGAAGCCUGAUCAGAGCUCCCCUUGUCGGGGAGGAAAAGAUCCACGGUCCGCCUCAUCAACAGAAGCAAAACAAGAGACAAAGGUUCUAGAACCGAGUGGCACCACCAAACCCACUCAGGGCCCCCUUCCCUUCUCCACCCCAGGCAGUGCGUUCAUCUCAGUCAGCAAGGACACUUUCCUCCAGCCAGCUCCUCCUCUGGAUUCAAAGAGCCUCGGGGGACAGACGGCGCCAUCAGGGCCCAGGGCAGAGGACCGAACCCUGGACAGCCCUAGAACCAGAGUCCCGCCUACCAACCCAAAUGACUCCAGAGCGGCCGCCAGUGCUGCCGACUGCCAAACUCCCGACGGGCCCGAGACGCCCCGCUCCUCCUGCUCCUCCCCUGGCAUCCCCAAGGAGAAGAAAGAGGCCGACAACCGGAGACUCUGCGCUGCGGCUGCGGCAAGCCUUAAUGCGUCACCCUCGUUCACAUCUGGCUCCGCCUCCAGUUUCAGCUUCAGCCCCCCGGGUCCGGCCCCUGGGAGCGCCGUGGAGAAGGUUGUGUCCCAGCUGGCGACGGUAGCUAAGAGCGUUCUGAGCCCCGCCAAACUGAGCACAGAAACAGACAAGAGCCAGAAGGAGCAGAAACAGUCGGUCGGCGGCAGCGCGGAGGUCCCACCCACUGGCCCCUCCUCGUCCCCUCCCCUUUUGGAGUUCCAAACAAGACAGGAAACUGAGCCUGAAGUUGCUUCACUGACCAAAGCCUCGAUUCUCAAAGACUUUGCAGCCCUGCAGCCAGCGUCAGCCCACAAGGACGUUCGUGUCCCCGAAAGGCCCCCUGCAGGGUCUGCGCGCGCGGAGAGCGCGGCCGUGGGCGCCGCUCAGCCUGCCCUCAACACGCACCCCGGCUCCUCUGCAGCCUCUGAACCACAGCGCAAGAGGCCCGACCCGCAGACGGCAGCUGCCAGCGCCGCGUCGGCCUCGGCCUCCGCGCAGCACGACAAAGCGACCAGCAGCAAGAAGACGUAGCAGCCGGCUUCUUAGAAGUCACACAAACUGCAUGUUUGGAAGAAAACAUCUUGGUAACUCGGCACUAAUCAAAGACUUUCAAAGCAAAGGGAAGGCGUCGAGAGAUGCAGAGCGACCACAAGCAAAGACAGAUGUUAUCCUUGUUCCAUUCCAGCUGUUCGGUACUCAUGUUCUUCUGAGUUAUGUUGGUGUCCUGACUAUUUGGUUCCCGACUUCAGACUAAGCCAAUGGUUGUUUUACUUCUUCUCCUUUGGGGCUAGCAGUAAAGGGCUCAGUGGCCCGUGCACAUCCCACAUCCAAAGCAGACACUUCACACACACCUUCUCUUGCUGACGGUCCCGCUGGUGCCGCCCCGUUAUCCCCAGUCAUGUUCCUCCAACAGAUGUGGGGGGGGCCUUGUUGAACGCACAUGUUUUCUCCCCCCGCCCCCUUCCACGCACAACAAUUUGGCAGAAGAUUGUACCUCAGCAAUAAAGUGCAGCGCAUGUUUAUCAUUCUGUCUAAACGCAUUACGUAGUUUUUAAUUGGACUAAAUCUGCAAAGUCAAUGUACACUCAGCACCCAGCUAACUAGGCCAAACUCAAUCCCCCUCUUCGCCGUAGUCCCUGCUGAGCCGGCGCGGACCAUGAAUUCCCUGAGCUCUGAUCCCAGACGCGGUUCAGUCCUUUGAAGAGAUUCCGUGGAAUGUCACUGCUGGAUUAGAUUAGUGUUUGUGCUGAUUUAUCAAGUCUAAACUUCUGACUCAAUCUGCAGCUCAAUGCAUCAAUGACGACUCGCCCUCUUGCCUGUUGUGCUGCAACACCGUACCUUUCCCUUGUUUCUGAAUGUAUCUUCUGAAGGCCCAUUGGUACUGCUCACUGAACGUAUCCAUGACAACUGAUCAGAGUUAACCAAACUAAUAGGGUUUCUGUAACUUUCCCGGAUGUCAGUUAACGGGUUUAACUUGAAAUGAAGCAAAGGGUGUGAAUGCACAGCUGAUGUCACGAGCCUCCAAAAGCGUCACCAACAUUCAGCGGUAGAAUCCAAACUGAGGGUCCUCAGACCGACUCUGACCGAGUCAAAACGACCACUGCCUUUUAUUUCUAGCUCCAACAGGCUUUUUUGCUUCCGAUCCUUCGUGCGAUUCUUUGUGUGCGUGGGACCAUGUUUGUUGAUAAGUGCAUGGUUAUUUCUGUACACACACAUGUAUGUGUAUAUAUAUAUACACACACACACAUUUGUAUUGUACCACUCAAAGGUUUGGACACAUGUUCUCUUUCAAUUCAAUGAGAAAGUGUGUCCAAACGUUUGACUGGUACUGUACAUAUGUAAGAAUAUGGAAAGUUCUGUUGUGCAUCUGUUUUAUACCCUGAGUGUUUGUGCGUGGGUUUGUCUGUGUGUGUGUGUUUUAUGAUUCAGCUUUCAGGACACGCUGCUACCUGUGGAUGUGGCCGAGCUCUCUGCGUGUCUCUCGGGCUUUGCACAAAUCUUUUAUCGCGUUUUUCAAAUGAAAAAGACAAAAUUCUGCUUUGCUGGGUAAAAGCUGAAGUGUAGUUUAGCCUGUUCAGAUCUUUGUUUUUGUUAUUUGUUUUUCUUGGAUAUACCACCUUCUCUGAUUCCUACUGUACAUUUGAAAUCAAGAAAAAGCCUUUAGUUCUUUUGGCUUGUUAAACCUGCUUCAGAACAUCACCUUUCAUUGAAUGCCCACCGAGCCCGACCACGUGUGGACGUGUCCCUCCUGACUUUUAGAUGAGCUCAUCCAUCCUCCUGCAGUGUUCUGUGUUUUUACUGGUCUCAGUUUAGUCCAGAGCGGACACUGUUGAACACUGACAUUGGCAAUCUCUGUAAUAUGUUUACAUGUUCUUGUUUGAUAUCGACGUCUUGUUUCCUCAAUGGAACGUGUUGCCUGUAGCAAUCAAACCUCCCCCCCGACAGGCUGCGACCAUUCCCAUCGUGUCCUGACCCUGCAUGUGGCGCGUUACUGGUCUCCAGCUAUGGGAGCUCACCUGUGAUGGAGGACGUGCAGGACGGAGGACGAUUGAACGCACAAGUAUCAUCCCCGCCGCCCCAGUGCGUGAACAGGUGUGUGUCUGUGGAAGCCAUCGGAGGCGCUGACCCUUGGCUCCCAUCAUUCUGCAGAGAGCCGGGGGCCCAUCUGUCUUUGGUGGCGUUUGACUAGAGGGAGCAGAAUCUGGCCCGCGUGUCCCAUUUAAGAGCAACAGAUUCAUAAGCACUUAAGAAGUUUUAGUGCAAUCAACGACAGACUUCUGGGCAACUUUUUGACUUUAGGCGUAAAAUCCUGUCUGAUUUGACUGCGUGAUUGUAUUGUUACUACGGCAAUAUCGUAACUGGAUUUUAUGUACUCCAGGGUCAAUGAAUGUUGUCUGUAGUGGAUUCAGAUUCGAUGACUUGGUAUUCAAAACGAAACUAGGAAUCUUCAAAGCGUCUUGGUUCAGUUGGUUUAACCAGCGAAUGAAGAGAUUAUAAGAAUGUGUGCUUGUUACAAAGUGAAAUCCCCAAAUCUGUUUUAUGAACUAAAACUUCAGGACCAAUGUCAUCAGCUGAGUUUGAGGUGUGUGUGUGUGUGUGGAUUCUUUAGUAAGUUAGAAACUCCAUGAAAUCAUUAUAUCACCCAAAUAUCUGUACCUCGUUGCCAGUUGCUAUCAAACCCUUGCUAAUUAAUUCCAGGCGGGUUUAUUAAGUUCUAAGAUUUGGUUCACACUCAAUAGUUCUGACUCUAAAAGAAUCUUUCAGUUGGAGCUGUGAUGGACACUUUGAUCUCUGCAGGCUGUCAGAAUUUCUGUUUUGCGUUCUGAUUAAACGCUGCCUUUGACAGCAGCUGUAGUGAUUAUCUGUAUGUAAUUGGGACCUGGGUGUGUUUGUGUUCUCGCACACACACACACACACACACACACACACAGUCCAUCAGCUCUCAGCUGGCUGCUGUUAGUGCUACACGGCCAGCUUCCCCAGUGUCACACACAGAUCAAUACUUGUGUCAUCCAAUGUAGUGCUGCCAGUUUCUCCCUCUCCAAUGCAUUUAUAAACACACACACACACACACACUUUCUACCGUGUGUAGAGAUGAUGGUCCAGCCAUCUGCUGGAAAGUGAAGCACGUGUCAGGUUCCCUGGUGGAGUCAUUAAUCUCAAGCCCUGAGUCUCUUGACCACACACACACACACACACACACACAGGUUGGCGUACACAAUACUCCCUCAGGCAGUUACACUGUGUGCAGUUUGUUCGACCUCAAGCAAGUGUUUACCCAUCAUGCACUUCUGCUGCUCCGUGGCAGAGGCCCACCGGCUAUGAAAGUUGGUCAGCCAGCUGUGGAGUGACAGAUGUGUGUGGAAUCGUGCCGCCGGCUUGUUGCUCGUUAGUAACAUCCGUGACGAUACAAUACACACGGUUCAGUAAUGGCACCUAAUUACGUGAAUGCUUUUUUUGACAUUCAACCAAGUUGAAUUUCUCAAACUGUAGUCAUUUGAUCAACACAAUCAUCGCUGAACCCUUUUUUUUAAUAGAAUUUAAAAUCUGAAACUCUGGUGAAAAAGAAUAAUGUAACCCUCCCCUUAUCAUUUGGCCCCAGCUUUCCGUUCUUGACAGUUCAUAACACUCAAAGGCAAAUCUGUCCAUGUAGGGUCAUUAUCUCACGCUUAUCAGAAGGUAGUUUUGACUUUUAUGACUUUUCAUAUUAGUGAGUGUUGAGCCUGUGAGCUGGUGCAGAAGAGUCUCUCCCUGCCCACUACCAGUACAUUGCUGGAAGCAUCCGCUGUGGUUUUGGCUCUGAUGAGCUUCUGUACACCUCUGACUCACCUAGAGAAACCACACACACACACACACACACACACACACGGGCGCUCUGAACCACGUUACAUGAGAUUCAGUGAUGUUUUAAUGUGCACUCCGUUAAGUUUGCAACCGACUUUCAUGGUCUCGACAGACAAAGGCAGUGUUUGGUGUUUGUCUUUAACGAGCGGUUGCGAGGAGGAGGAAAGACAGGAAAAACAUUGCUAGAGUAAAACCAGUGCAAUAUCUUUUUAUUUUUUAUUGUGGUAAAAGCAUGUUGUUGUCAAUCUUACCUUACAACAAUAAUAAAGGUUUUUUAUUUACGC